ACAACCGCGCGGCGUUUUCGAGGUUGGGCUGUUGUUACAGGUUCAAAAGGUCAUGCUUAGACUUCUAGUGGCACUUGCAGAGUCUUCUUAAACAGGACUGUGUUAUCGCUGGCUUACUUCAGCGUAUUUCAUCAAUUAGAGUAAUUUUGUUUAGCACAAUUAUCGAACGGUCGCCGAUCUUGUUAUUCUCUUCAGCUGUCUUGACACAGUAAACAAUAUAAUCUCCCACAAAAAUCAAUACAAUUUCAGGAUAAAUGAAAAGCACUAUCACAUGUUGGUCUCAUGUUUGUUUCUUAUGUGAAUGGUGAAAAGUUUUAAAGGAGACAAUGAUAUUGUUGACAGAUAUUAUGAAGACCCAGCACGUGAUAUUUACCGUCUGAACAUCAAAAAGCCCUUAAAUCACAGUUUUCUGACGUUUGGAAAUUCAUCAUCUCUUUCCGUUUAUUCCAGCAGCGGCAACAACGGGGUUGUCGUUAAGAAAAACGUUUCGUUACGAAAAAACUCUUCCCAGCGGUCGAAGCUUUGUAUAAUUUUAUAGCAUGCAUAAAUUACUUGAAAAACUGAAUAUAUGUGGCUCCUGGUGCAACGUGUCUUACACCUUGGAAGGAAAGUCGCCGCCGGCACGUGUUGGUCAUUCAACUCAUGCUGUGCGCAUAAAAUGUGGGAACACGGACAACCGACCAUUGGUUAUAAUGAUCGGCGGUGCAGAUGCUUCUGGAGUAUUUAAUGAAGCUUACAUUCUGGAUAUAAUAUCAUUUAUGUGGUACACUGUUGAUUUGGAACAGACAAUUGAUUUUCCAGGUUUGGGGAGGUAUGAACAUAGCAGUGCAAUUUUAAACAACCAGGAAUUAUUAAUAUUUGGUGGUGCAACGAAAACAGGUCCUUUGAGUCAACUACUCCGUCUACAAAUUCAUUGUCUAUCAACGCCAGAAAAUCCAUCAAUUUAUGAAAAGGACAAAAUCACUGCAAGCUUAACUCAAGAUCGCAUUCAUACUGAUAUUAAACAAUUCAUCUAUCAUCCUCGCACACAACACUCUUCUGUUUCACUAACUGAAUAUAAUCAACUCAUAGUAUUCUCUGGUGGGAAUGUUGGUAGUCAGCCAGUGUCAGAUGAUAAAGUUUAUAUGUAUGAUAGUGAAAUAAAUUCAUGGAACAUUAUACCAGUGGAAGGUUUACCACCUUGUUCACGAUUAGGUCAUUUAAUACUAUAUGAAUUUCCUUAUGAAUUAGCAAAUUCAAAUUAUGAACGUAUCCCAAAAGGUAAAAUUUAUAUACACGGUGGAAUGGUCAAUGAAAUACUACUUGAUGAUAUUUAUGUAUUGAAUUUUACUAAUCAAUCUGAUAAUAAUUUACACUUCAAAGGUAUAUGGAACAAACUAUAUCCGACUGAUAAAUUAUCACCACUCACUAUUAAUCAUGAUAAUGCGGAAAGUGAGCGUGAAUAUUUGGACCCAAAAUGUAUUGAACUUACACAGAUUCCAUCUCCAAGUCCACGUGCUGCUCAUGGCGGAACAAUUUUAACAAAUAAAAUUUAUGAACAGGAUACCAGUAAAAUAUUAAUAUUUGGUGGAUUGUCAUUAAAUGGAGCGUUGAAUGAUAUGUUCUGUUUUGAUACAAGUUAGUGAAAAUGUUAGUGACCAUAAUAAUACUUAGAACUCAAUCGCAUAAACCGUGUAUAGAAUAAGCUUAUUGAAAAUUUAAAUACAAAUUCAAUGAAUUUUUUGGAUGGGUCUCUUUUGUUCUAAUUAAUACUUCCAAGAGGAAUGAAUUAAUCACAUUUCGUGAAUCUUGUCAUCUAUCACGGGUUACUGGCAAGCAAACUUUCAGAACGGAUUCUAAAAGCUGGCGACGUUGCUCCACCUACGGCACAGGAGAGAGUAAACUUUGUAGCAAACCCUUUUUGUAUUUUUGUAAGCCUAUAAAAUGAAAAUAUACGACAUGUGUAGAUGACAGUUUUUGAUCACAACUGUCUUUAGUCAAAUAUCUCAUUGUACUAAUGUGGAAUGUAUCAACUCAUACAUAUUUGUAUCAGAUUCUACUUUGACUAUGAGUGUCUUACUGCACCGAGUGAUGUAUUUCUAAAUGUUACAUGUUCUGGUUUCGAGCGCUUAGUUUCGUAGGCAAGUUAUCGCCUCAACUAAAUCAGUUAUUUCCACAUUUUAUCAAACUAGUUGUCUUCAUUUACAUUGAAAUAAUUUCCUUUUUUCUUAACGUCCAACCCUUUUUUUCAAUUAGGUACUAGACAAUGGACUGAAAUUAAAUAUGAGACUUCUGUAUUACCGAGUCCACGUUUAGACUUUGCUUAUUGUACAUUCUCAUUAAUCGUUAAGAAGGAUACAAAAGAAAACUCACCGAUGAAAAUUAUAUUUAAAUCACCAAAAGAUAAUCAAUAUCACGAUGAUAUCGUUAAUACUGAUGAGCAUGAAGAUAACAAUGAUAAAGAUCAAUACUGUCAAGAGUAUUUAUUUAUUCACGGCGGUAUGGAUACUCAUGGUUCUGUGUUUGAUGAUUCUUAUCUUAUUCUACUAAGUGAAUAUCAACUUUCUAAUCCACUAAAUGCUCAAACAAUUAUCCACCGAAGUUCUUCACAUGGAAAAUGUUAAUACUUGUUUGCAGUAAAUAAAAUAUUAAUCUGCAAUACAUUAUAAUCCCCUCAAUGCAUGAAAUUCCAAACGUCUAUAUGUAUUCCUACACAACUUCAGAAUAAUUAAAAUUUCAUAAAUAGCUUUUUUUUAAACUUUAGACAAUUGGAUGUUUCUGUUGACUAGGUAUUUAGGACAUAAUUCUAACUGGACAUUCUGUUCUAAAUAUGGAACUCAUUUUCUACCGUUCAUCUUUUUUAUUUAAAUAAAAUUAUUGAUUAUUCU